UGAACGUCACAUAACUCAUGGAUUUGCCCCCCGCGUGUUGUCACUGUAAACAAUCCUGCCUGCGCGGUGAUAAGCAGGCCGCCUGAUCUGAGGAUAUUUUUCUAAGGGCAUGGUGGCCAAAGAAAGAAACCACAGUCACCUCCUGACUUUCUCAGAAGGACGGCAGCAGACAAAACAUGGGCUGCCAACCAACAGCCACCAAAAAAACCACCUGGAAAGCUAAACAGAACCUCAACACAGAAGAGCAUCAACAUAGCUGCUGAUGCAGUCAGUGAAAAUCCUUCAGAACCUGGUGGGAACUCUGUAGAGCCCAGAGCCAUUAAAAAAUCUCCCAACUCUCUGUCAGAGCAGCCACAGCCACAGCCACAGCCACGGCCCAGUGACACGCCAUACUCAUCAGACAAUUAUAUGUCCCUACCCAGGCCACAGCAUCACUCCAUCAAUCAGGAAGGUUUACAGGCUGGCCAGAGAUACAAGCAAGACAGCCAACAGUCUCUUCUCCCUGCAAGAAAUUCUGUGCCUGAAAGCCAUUUCAGGGUCACCAUGAACAUAGAUGUUAUAGGACGCAUCCAUCAGACACUGGGUGCGACUAACCUUCACAUCGAUGGCACUAAGAGAGUUACAGCUCAUGUUGGUGGACCAUACUUUGAGUUCCACACACUUCACACUCAAAAAGCCAGCACUUAUGAUGUGUUCAGACUGUCAGUGGAGCCUCUUCUAGAACUGUUCUUAACAGGUUACAAUGCCUGUCUUCUGAUUGCUGGUGAAAAGGGUUCUGGGAAGACCUACACUCUUGCUGGAGACAACAGUCACACUGGCUUGAUCCAGAUGGCACUGGAUCACAUCUUUCAAAAGCUUUCUGAUGAGUCUUACGUCACUCACCCAGACCAUCUGACAAGUCAGCGAAAGUUAUCACAGCAAGAUGCACAAGUAAGUAUGCAAGUACUGGAGGUCUAUGACGAACUGAUCAGGGACCUCCUGCAAGUUCCUCAUGGUGGUGCUGGCUUCCUAGACGUCUCAGAGACUGCUGGAAAGGGCACACAGGCAAAGAAUGCAAAGACUGUGUCUGUAACGGAUGCUUCAUCAGGUAUCACAGUUUUUCAUCAGGGUUUGAGAAAUGCUAGUGUGAUCGCCACUGAUAGUGGACCAGCCCAGCACGAUGGGGCACUCAUCAUCCACAUAGAUCUUGUGGUGAAAACAAGAAACAAUCUAUCUCCAUAUAAAUCUAGAUUAACGUUUGUAGAAUUGCCAAGCCUUGACAAGCUUUCAGUAGAACAACCAAAACACAUCCAUCAAAGAGAAGGGAGAACAUUGAACAAGGGGCUUCUUGCAUUAAGCCAGGUUGUUUCAUCACUCGCUAGUAACCUAUUUCCAGACAGAGUGAUCAACUACAGAGAGUCCAAGCUAACUCAGUUACUACAAGAGCAAAUUGGAGGAAAUUUCAAGACCCGUGCUUUGAUUUGCCUUAAGUCCAGAACAGAUCCAGAGGUCACUGCAGCUGUUCUGAGAUUUGCCAAAAGCCUUUCUUUUGUCCAGAAUUUCCCCAUCAUCAAUGAUGGUCUAGCUCAGGCCCUUCUAACCCAGAAGGAAGCCAGGUGGAUUGAUAUCAAGCAACAGACAAACAUGACAUCCACAGCCCCUAUCUAUGGAGAGACUCAGGAGGAGCUCCGCAGACUUCAGACUGAGAAUCUGGUACUGAAAGAUCACAACGAGCGACUGCAAAUCCGUCUUGAUGCACUUCAAAACAAGUUUGGGGAUGUGGCCAACACUAAGACAGACCUGUCUCAGCAGCUUUUGCUGUCUGAGGAAGAAAAACUGAAGGUUUCCCAGUCACUGGUGGAUCUCCAGAUUGAAAACAACAAAAUCCGAGAAGAAGCCGAGGCCUCCAAGUUUGAGCUGACGAACAAGAUUAUCCUGCUGGAGAACCAAGUGACAGAGCUCGAAUCAGAGAAAGAGCGUUACAAAAAAGCAGCAACUUACUCCAAAGAGAGGCUAGCUGAGCUUGAGAAAGACAGGAAGGACCUAGCUGAUGAGUAUGUUGUCUUGAAGACCAACUACUUGGCCUUGACCAAAGAGCACCAGAGGGAGUCUGGAAGAAAUGAGGAACUGGCCAUAGAGUUGCUCAACCUUGUCAACAACAAAGCAGCACUCAUGAGGCAAGUUGCCAUUUUAACCAACACUGACCCAGCAGAAGUGGGCGAUCCCAGUGCCGAGGUUGACCGGGUCCGGGCCAUUGUUGCUAAGAAUGCGACUGGCAGAGUGAAAGACGCUUACGCAGAUGAAAUUCUGGGCACACAGCGCGACAGAGAAGUUGUAGAACAAACGCUCUUUGCCAGCAAGAGGAAAUACGACUCAGAGAUCGAGAGACUGAGGAAAGAACUUGGAGAUGACAGCAAACGUAUGGAAACACGCAUGACUGGGCUCAUGAAGGAACUGGCUGACACACGGAACCUGGCCAGGGAACGCCAGCAGAAGAUCUCGGAACUGAACGCAAAACUCAUCACACUUCGUGGAGAGAAGCAGGCCAUCGAGUCCCAGCUGAAUCGCAUGCAACACAAGGUGAAGGAUCUUGGGGAAGACUUCCGGGCUCGCCUUGUCAAAUACGUGGAGGACAUUUCAGACUUUGUGGACAAGGGAACUUCCGGGCCUGCCCAGAAGUCUGAAGUCCGCCUGCGGGAGUACUGUGAUGCCAUGUUGAAGGACAUUCGUCGCUCACACCGGGAGCGGGAACAGCAGCUCAGUGAGGCGGCACAAACCUUUCGGAAUCGUCUGCAGAACACAGUCCACAAGUACGAGGAGCUGCUCAUCGCCUACAGAAACCUACGUCAGACGUGUGAGGCGCGAAACUUCGAUGCCGCUGACCUGGGUCCAGAUGAGAAUGAGCUGAAGUUAAGUGACACGGAGAUUCAGACAUCGCACCUGCGUGAAGUGGACAGAGUGAAAGGAGAACUGGCCAAAGUACGCAACGACCUGGACGCCUUGAAGUUGCGAUAUGGCAUAUUUGGAGAAGACAAAGAGACAAUGGCAGAAAUAACAGGAUCAGUCAAGUCGGACCUAUGGAGCGCGAUGCGGAAGCAGCUGAGAGAGUUCACUCUCAACACCCAGCAGCAGCUGGAGCAGGAGCGCGCGCGCCUUCUGAGCGAGAAUCACGUGCUGAAAGAGCAGCUGCGCGAGAGCCAGCAGUACAUCGACAGCCAUCUUGUGAGGUACAAGCAAGAAAUUGUCCGACUGCGCAAAAUGAUUGGUGUGUCAGAAGAUGGCCUGAUUCUCACCGACAGAGGUCCUCGCAGUCGAAUUAACAAACGAUGACUCUGAGCGAAAACUUCGCCAAGAUUGGGGCUGUACACAGGGUCUCGACACUUUGACUGAAUGUGAAGAAGCUGCACCUUGCUGAUGUAAAAUAAUGUGAUUGGUAAUUGUGGAACCUCGACUGGUGUGUGUGUAGCAGGGCAAUGGUGCUGAUGUAAAUAUGAAGAUGACAUACACAAAGUAAUAUAUUGCCAAGCUAGAGGUACUAGCUAACAGUUCGCUACUUCAGGAUACUUUCACAUUGCUCUGAUGUAACUUUGGAAUUCUUACACUACAUUAUAAUAUUUAGGUUACGUUGGAUUCUUUUCUUGUUUGUAAUACUUGUUACGUUGUAAUAAUUAUGCGAAGUAAUUUUCAUUUUAUGUGGUAAUUAAUAUUUCUUAUGUUGUAAUAUCUUAUCUUGCGUUGCAAUACUUACCUCACACAUCAUACCAUGAAAUACCGAUGAUACGUUGCAACUCUUAUCUUAGGCUGUAAUAGGUAUCUUGGGCUGUAAUACUUGUUACUCUUAUCUUACUGCAAUUUUCAAUUUACAUUGUAAUACUUGCCUCCUGUGACCUGCAUGACCUAAUGACCUGCGCGUGUCGCCUCUGUUUAUACCACAGCCGCCACCCACCCAGUUAAAGACACUUGCAGGCGGUAGCCUGUCCGCUAACGAGUUGAACUGAGCUGAACUAGCUGAUUAUGUACACGAAAAAACAAUAAAUGGAUACAUGAUAUG